AGUAUUUUGCUUGCCACAACCCCAAACAAACGGGACCCAUUAUUCAGUUUUUAAGGUGAUCGAUGGUUUUACAUUUGAACUAAUGGUUCUAAUUCUUCAAAAUGGCUAUUUAUUAUAGGUUUUAGGCUGUAGUCUCAAUUUAAUCGAAUAGUUAAUCGGUUUUGAACUAUAACUGGCAGGCCUCUUCACUAUUGAAUACUCAAAACACAGCAUAGCCAGACUGCUGCAUAUGGUCAGCAAACAUGCCUCUUGGCUUAAAACCAUGUUGUACUGUCUGCAAGACAAACUCUUCUUCCAUGUGGAAAAAAGGAAACAUGGGAGAAAUUCUUUGUAACAACUGUACGGGUAAAAGUAUAACCAGUGGAGGUUCCGGAGCAUCUGCUUCGUCCAUCAUCCAGCAGAAUAAUGGCGGAGGAAAGCAGUCCAAACAGGAGAUACACAGACGCUCAGCCCGGUUACGGAGCACCAAGUACAAAGCGCCAGCAUCUGAGAAAAAAGUUUCAACCAAAGGAAAGGGUAGACGACACAUUUUCAAAUUGAAAAAUCCAAUCAAAGCACCGGAGUCCGUGUCGACGAUUAUUACAUCGGAGUCCAUGUUUUUCAAGGGUGUCUACUAUCAAAUUGGAGAUGUCAUUAAAGUUAUAGAUGAGGACGAUGGGAAACCAUAUUUUGCGCAGAUUCGUGGGUUUGUCCAGGACCAGUACUGUGAGAAGAGUGCUGCAUUAACGUGGCUGAUACCAACUCAGGCCAGUCCAAAAGAUCGGUUUGAUCCAGGCACUUACAUUGUUGGCCCAGAAGAGGACUUGCCAAGAAAAAUGGAAUACCUGGAGUUUGUCUGUCAUGCUCCAUCAGAGUAUUUCAAAUCAAGGAGUUGCCCUUUCCCAACAAUACCGGUUUGUCCAGAAAAAGGCUACAUCUGGACUCAUAUAGGACCAACACCUGCUGUUACCAUCAAAGAAAGUGUUGGGUGAAGUUAAACCUUAAAUGAUGAUCAGACUGUUGAAGAACUUUUUUUUUUUUUUUUUAAAAGGCAAUUCAGUCCAAUAACAAAUACUGAACAGACAUAUGAAUGCAAUUAUGCUUGGAUCAGGAUGUAUUGGCCAUUGACCCUAAAGUUCAUUUUCUACAAAUACAUUUAAAACUCAAUGUAAAGAAUAUUCAUGAUACUUUUUGAAUGGGAUCCAGUGGAGUCGCAGUAGUCUACAUUGAGCCUUGGACUUAACCUGAAUAAAGAGUUUCGCUAAGCCCUUUUACGUGCUUAAAUCUUUAUUCAGACAAGAAUUGUAUAUAAAAAUGUAUACAAAUAUUACUUUGCACCACUCCGUUUUUGCCUUAUUUUUCUUCCGCCCUUUUCACAGAUGUUUUUGGGUUUCCAGUGGCUGAGAGAAGAUAGUCUGCUUGAGAUGUUUCAAUUUGUUUAGCAGUGUGAAAUAUCAUGCCCCUGUUCAGGUGUGGCAAGGCUGUGCUGGUGUCUAAGAUGUGUGCCUGAAACAGAUUCCAACUCAUUUUAUGACUUUUCAAUUUAAUCUGAAACUGAAUGAUGAGGAAGUGAGCAUCUAUUUCUCCCUAUAUUUUAUUGGGGAAAGGCUACAAAAGAUUCUUUGUUAAAUGUUUAGAAUACAUCUGGAACCUUGUCCAAGUUGAUAAGUGUGGUGGAGAGUAUGUCUCCAGUGGUAAUCUCAUUUUUGAGAUUUCUCCAGGGAGAGAGUUUUUCUAUACGCCAAAGUCCCCUGAUCAUGCUUUGUUUUAUGCACCUCCUCUACAAACGUGCAAGACAUUGAAGAUUAACAGAUUUGAUUUCUACCUACAAUUAACCAGUAUAAUGCAUAGAUUUUUCUUUUAAAAUUGUAUUCUACAUUGAAACAUACUUUUAGCUCUUGAUGAAUCUCCAAGCAUUCAUCUAGGUUCCUCUGUAUCGCUGAAAUGACAAGUACCAAAUCCUCAUAGGUGUCUAUUGUUAGCUUCUAUAGGUAGCCACUCUUUAAAGGGUAACUAAACCCUAAACCAACUUUUUUAGUUAAUGAUCUGUAAGCAUGGGGCUUUAUUAGUACUGGUCAUUGAUUCAAGUAAUUGUUUUGACAUUUGUGUAUAAAGUGUUUUAAUUCUACAAUAUAUGGUGUAAAAACGUCUGAGUGCUGCCCUCUUCAGGUUGAACGGUGGCUACUGCAGUUGAAUUUUCCUAUUGGCUGUUGCAGUACUUCGUGACGUAAGCGGUGACAGCUGACGUAAGCAGGUUCCAGCUCACCACGCCAGAUUCAUGUACAUGUCGUCUUGCGACCGUGUCAGAAAUAAUAAUAACAUAGAGUCUGACAGCAGCUGUCAAUUAAUCCGUCACUACGAGUCUCAGGUCCACCCCGCUCAGCCCCGCGCUCGGUUCCUUCCCUCUAUCCCCGCCGGGGUCUGCCCACUUUUCCUGCAUUUUCAAAUAUUUCUAGUGGGUGGAGUCAGACUCUGAGCAGGUGUUUAGUUACCCUUUAAUGUCUUUUGACGCUUGGUCACAUUGGUUUUCUUUAUCAUCUCCUUGAGUAUGGCACUUUAGCAUUUCCUGUUUAUGUGUUAUAACAUGAUUUUUUUUAUUUAAAAAAAAUAUAUUUUAAAUUUUCUGAAGGAAAUGUGGGUGGUGCUUGCCCAUGCAAAUUUCUGCCAAAAUGCUAAGGUACUGAGUUGUUUUAAGAGUGUUAGAAAGGGUGUUCUCUGUGAUUGCGUUCUGGUCCAUUUCAAAAGAGCCCAUCCCCAAGUAUCCAUUCUUGUUCAUUAGCAAGCACCAUGUGCAAUUGUGUGUAUAGAAAACGUAAUGAUAUUUAAGGAUUGUUCCGGGCUCAGUAAAAGUUAAGCUCAAUCCACAGCAUUAGUGGCAUAAAGUUGAUUACAACCAAAAUUCAUUUAGACAUCCCUUGUUUUCCUUUUUUAAGAAAAAAAGCUAAAUUCAAGGUACAAUGAAAGUCAAUUAAACCAAUUUUAGAAGGAUUAAAAGGUAGAAAUGUGAAGCUUAAAAUUUUAUAAAAGCACUUGCAUUAAUUAUUCUGUUAAAAGGGUUUAUAGCAUUACUCGGUCAUUGCAACAAAGUUGUAAAAUUAGAUAUAACUUUACACAGUAAAUAUAAGUACGCAGUGUUAUCACAAAACAUAUGUUUAUGUUUUGAGGAUAUACUUUUCAAAAAGUUUGUUUUUUAACUUUUACUGAUUGGCCCCAUUCACUUUCAUUGUAAGUGUAUUACUGAAACCCAGAUUUGAGCUUUUUUAACAAAGCUAGUCAAAUAAAAUGUUUGUUGUAUCAACAUUAUGCCACCAUGCUGUCUGCUUAACUUGUAUUGAAAUGAGAAUAUUCCUUUAAAAGGAAUUCCUUAAAAGGAUUCUUUGGGUUUUCAAAAGCACUUACAAGUAAA